AUGGAAACCCCCGAUGUCACCGUCCCCAACCACACCCCCAUCGCCACCGCACCCCGCGACAUCGACGCCAUCAAAGCGCAAGAAAAAGACUGCACGCUCCCCUUCUGGAACGGAGACGUAGCAUUUAAACUCGGCGUCAAUCUGCGCACGAGACUACUCACGGAAGAGAGACCAGCCGUCGUGCACAUCUCAACGAUUAGUACACCACCGCAUGUAUUAUUUCACGCUGUAACCCACCCCGGCACCUCCUCCGACAACGACAUCUGGAUCUCCCGCAAGCGCGCCGCCGUGAUCCGGUUUGCCGCGAGCACCUGGCGUCUGCAGAACCAGUACGGUGGCGACGAAGAAGCAUUUAAAGCAAAACUAGGCCUGGGGGAGACGGCAGGCCAAUAUGCGAUUCACGGGGGUGGAGUACCGGUUUUUAUUAAAGGGUGCGAUGGCAUGGUUGCGGUGGUGGUGGUGAGUGGGUUGAAGCAGUGGGAUGAUCAUCAGGUUGUUGUGGAGGAGAUGGUGAGGUUGAGGGGGGAGAUGGAGAGGGUGGGGGGUGUGGUGUGA